AGGAGUUAAUGGUGUAGUUUUGAAUCCCAUCAAUUUAAUGCACCAACACAAAACCCAAUUUACCUCAUAUAAGUUCGUACAUAUCACUGAACCUUCCUAUAUAGAACUGCAACAGAGGCACCUUCUUAACGGGAAAGGCAACAGCUGUGAAUUGUCCCCAGUAAUACUUCAACAUGUCAGAUGUACGCCCUCCUAACGAGCAUGUGAGUUACCCGGGGGACCACCCCUGGCAUGUGCCAUUCCCAUCUCCACCUCGGACUCCCAAUCAUGAUCCCACUUCAUCUGGAAGUGAGGCUGACACUCAUGAUCCCCUUGACAAAAUCUCUGCCGUCAAGCACCACCUCCAAUAUAUGUCAAAGGCAACGGAUUGGUGGGAGAGUAAGUGCGAUAUUCAUGGCCAAGUUAUGGGAAACUUGGCCAACAAGUUGAACAAAGCAUACGCUGGAGAGGUGAAGCAAGCUCUUAAAGCAAAAAGUCGGAGCAAAGAGUUAGAGUCCUUGAAGUUGAAAUUGGAAGACACAAAGAAAAAUGCCCUCGAAACAUUCACACAAUCUGAAGAAUAUAACCAUGAAAUGGUUGAAUGUUUCAACAACGGCUUCGAAAUGUUCCGAGAUUAUGCUUCGGUCAUCUCACCAGACCACAAUUGGAGUGAAAUUGAUGUAGCUGGUGUCUGGCAGGUACUGAAUAUGGGUUCUGAUGGAAUGGCUCAUCAUAGCCUCGUGCAUGCAGCGAGAAGAAAGGACAAAGACAUGGAUCUUUUGAUGGACCUGUACUAACGGUGAAUGCUGCUUCAGUUCAUCUCACCCGAGUACAUGGAUCUUUUGUUGCCUUCAUUUUCCCUUCGCGGGAUAGAUAGUAUUGUUCAGUUUGGGAGGCGAUUUCUUUCGCAUGUGUGAAAUGUUGUCUGUAAUGUGUAUGUAUUGUAUGUACAUUGACUUAAUAUUGCAUUUGUAUUGUGUUUGUAUUCCCUUAAUACUGUAAUGUAUAUGUAU